AUGGGCAGACAACAGUACGAUAGUCCUCUGCAAUUGGAUCGAGAAGUGGUGGCAACCAGUUAUAAUUGCAUUCUGAAUGAGCAUCGAGGAAGAUCAAAAUCUCGCCGAAAAGAGCUGAACUUCAAUGCCUUUCCCUGCGUCGCGUGUCGCGCUGCGUACCACGUGGCAUCUCUCACCUCUUCGUGGAAAGGAAAAAUGACCGAAACCGUCGGCAAUUUCGCCGAGUACAUCAUCUUUUUGCAAUCUUUGUGUCGAAUAUCUUUGAUCGAUCGAUUCAACGAGAUCAUAUCGGAAACAAAUCUUUGGGACCUCGUAGAGACGGGCAUCAUCGGUGACGGUGGAGAGGGAGACAACAGUCUUGUUCUCGUUUCCGGCCUUCUUGACGAUGCGAGCAACCUUAGCGAUGGAGAGUGGCUGACGGUUACGGCGAGACAUGCGGAGUCUCUUCAAGACGAUGGCGUUGAACUUCUCUCCGGUGCGUCUAGCGAGGAAAGCGUAGAGCUGAAAAUCGAAAAAAAUUUCGUUCAUGUUUUGCUCAUUAAAAAUAGUUUAUCAGUAUUUGCAUCACUUCUAGUUCUCCAAAUCACUACUCUGAUGAUGUUUGCUGUGAAGAACCGCCCGGAAUUGUUUUUGAAGCCGUCGCCGACGCAUGAUGCUCAUAAUGUACUGGACGUGAAGAACAAUAAACGGGACGACGAAAAAUAA